UGUAAUUCGUGAGAAGCCGAAAGCCUCCCAGGCUCCCACCAAACUAAACCCCAUUUAUUAAAAAUAAUUAACAGUUAAACACCUUCCUCGCCUCCCUUCUACCUUUCUAUCUUCCACUCACCACUAGUCACCUCCCAUAUAUAAAUAGAAUCAUACCAAACCAAAGUGUCACACAUCUCACAACCUCCUCGAUCAUCUUUCUUAAACUCUCUAGCUCCAAGAAAUAUGCAGAACCAGGAUUAUUAUUCCGACCAGGGUUUGGUCUGUCCCAGCUUCAACGCCUACUUCUCCCCCACCACAGCUGAUACUGCCGCCAAGGUUUGCCGGGAAUUCAGAAACCUCGGGUUAGUGGACGAGGACAGAGAGUACGAGUAUGAACAAGCGGAGGAACAAGGAGAAGACGAUGAUGACUUCGAGUUCGUUUCGUUUCAGAAAUCCGCAGACGAGGUUUUCUUCGGGGACAACACUCGGAUCGGCCCUGUUUUUCCAGUCUUCAACCGCGACCUUAUAAGUCAACGGGAUGCCAACGACGCCGAGGACGUCGACGCCGACGCCAGGCAGUCAUCGUCGUCAGCUUCAUCCGACGUGGACGAACUGGAGAACGUUCCGGCGGGUAGCUACUGCGUUUGGAUGCCGAAAACGACGCCGGCCUCGUCGCCUUCCCAUUGCAAGAAGAGCAAGUCGACCGGAACGUCGUCGUCCCGGCGGUGGAGGCUGAGGGACCUUCUGCGGCGGAGCAACAGCGAUAGCGGGAAGGACGCAUUCGUGCUGCUGACGCCUGCCCUUACGUCAUCGUCGAGCAACAAGAAGUUGGUGGCUGGUAACGAUCAUCAUCAUCCUCACCCUAAUGAGAAAUUGACGGUGACGAAGGGGAAGAAGAGCUUUGAUGGGGCCAGAACGAAAGGCCCGAACGCGGUGUCGAUGGCGCACGAGGUUUUCUACGCGAAGAGCAAAGAGAAAGUUGGGUACAAUAAGAGACAGUCGUAUCUUCCUUACAGGAAAGACCUGGUGGGGUUCUUUGCUAGUGUGAACGCCAUGGGAAGGACCUUCCCUACUUUCUAAUUUGAUUCCGAUAGUAACUUCAUCAUCAGAAAACCAACAUGUACAUAUAUAUUUAUUUUGUUUUAUUCUCGUUCAAUAAUCAAUAUAUUGAAGCACAUGGAUCUGAAAGCAAAUCCCAGUUAAGUAGUUUGAGAUGCUUAAUUCUUCUCUUGGGGUUGCAUUGCAUUAUCUAAUUCUUUUGUAGAUUUGAGAUAUAAAGUCACAUCCUCUGUUGUUGAGUUAUCAAUU